CAAUAAUAUAUUACUUUACACUUAACAAUUAUGCGCCCAUUUUUUAUUUUAUAUCUAAGCUUAAUGAUAAGUUUUAUAAAUUGUAAUAAUGAAGAAGAUGAAUCAGAUUUAUCGAUUAUUACUGAAGAAUUAAUGAAUGCUGGUUUCGAUUAUGCUAAUCUAUUACAUAAAUGGUUUGAAAAAAAUAUUGGAAAAAAUGAAAUUAAAAUAAUUAAACAAAAUUUAGCGAAAUUUGGAAAAUUAACAUUAAAUUUUAUUGAUUCAACUAUACAAAACUUAAUUAAAGAUGAUGAUGAUGAUAAUGAGGAUUAUGAUCAUGAUCACGAAUAUAAUGAUUCACAAUUAAAACAUAAUGAAUUAUAAAAUCAAUAAUUUUGUACUGUAUAUAUAUACAUAUACGUUAUUUUGUAAAAUAGAUUAAUGUGUUCUUUGAUUGAAUUAAAAAUAAACUCCAUGGAUAAAAAAUGUUUUGUUUUCGUUAUUAUUAUAAUUGUAAAAUUGCUCAUUCGUAAACAGGAAAUAUUAGUGUUUGCGAGAUAUAGAUUAGAUUGAAGUAUGCUCAAUGUACGAUUGCUUUGGUGUACGUUAGUCGAUACUUGGAGGAAAUUCUAGAAUCUUCUGAUGUAAAAAUCAUAAAUAUGCUAACAUUUUC